UUAUUGUAAAUUGGUAAAUUCUAAUUUAAGCAUAAUUAUUUAAGUAAUUUGUGAUUAUCAAAAACAAUUAUUGUGUACUAUAAUUAAAUCAAAUUUAUGUUUAAUAUACUUAUACGAGAUGGAAGAAGCGCUAGACUUACAGAAUGUAUGCAGAGCGUGUUUGGCGAAUGGAGAACCCUUGAAGGACUUGUUUUCCGUGUGUUCUUCCGAAGUAUUCAAGUACUGUACGUCUGUUGAGAUAUCUGAAAGCGAUCCCUUGCCGAAGCUAAUAUGCCAAUCAUGUUUAGACUUAUUAAACCAGUUGUAUUACUUCAAACAAGUGGUUUCCAGGUCCAACUCUAUAUUAAGACAACAGUUAAAGGUGAAGGAUGAAGGGCAAUCUGCAGAAGAUAAUAUAAAUGAUGAGCUAGCCGAGCAGGGCCUUCAAGAAGCCUCCUCAUCAAGUCCUGAGUCUAGUGAACCAUAUGAGGAAGCACCCAAAAAGAGGAAAAAAAGAGUUUACAGAAAAACUAUAGGACAAUCGUGCAAAAGGGACCGCAUGAAAUGUGUUAAAUGUGACAAGAGAUUCCAAAAGUAUGAGACCUUGGAGGCCCACAUGCGGAGCCACUUUGGAAAGAAGCCAGACAUCAAAUGCAGCGAAUGUGACAAGACUUUCCUCACGUUCCGGAGCCUCACCAGCCACUCCCGCACCCACUCCGGAGUCAGGAAGUACCAGUGCUUGACCUGCGGCAAGGACUUCGCUUACCUCAACGUGCUGAAGAAUCACGAGUUGAUACAUGCUGGCAUUAAGAAGCACGCGUGCCAUUUGUGUGAUGCUAAGUUUGUGCAGGCGCAUAAUUUGAAGAUGCACAUAGAAACGCACAAGAACGAGAGGAACUACGGGUGUUACCAGUGCGGCAAGAAGUUCGCGCAGCCCGGCAACCUCAAGAUACAUCUCAUACGGCACACGGGCAUCAAAAACUACGCCUGCACGCAGUGCGACAUGAAAUUCUACAUCAAGGCAGAUUUGGUGAAGCAUAUGCGGUCUCACUCCACCGAGAAGCCGUUCUCGUGUCAGCUGUGCGACAAGACCUUCAAGAGUAGGAGCUUUAUGGCGAUACACAUGAGAACUCAUACAGGCGAGCGCCCGUACGCCUGCGACCUCUGCCCCAAGAAGUUCAUGGCCCGCAAGGACCUCCGCAACCACCGCAUGAUCCACACCGGCGAGAAGCCCCACAAGUGCCAGCUCUGCUCCCAGGCCUUCAUACAGAAAUGUGCGUUGAACAGACACAUGAAGGGGCAUAUGAGGGACGAGAGACCAACUAUACCAGAUCAUGCGCCGCUCGCUGUCACUUAUGAGUGGAGAAACGAUGCGUGAUUGUGGAGUUAAAGCAGCAUCCUCUAACCCCCUUACUCAUAAUGCUUUCCGGGCCUGAUUUAGUUAAAUUAUGUUUUGUCCCUAUCUUACAAAUACCUACACAAGUCAAAGUGACAGAAAAAGACAAACGGUUCAUAGCUAAUUCGGGCCAGUAACGCGUUUAUGAAUAACGCCAUAAGAGGUAUAUCUGUUGCUUUCGCAUUAGUGUAAAAUAAUGAAGAAUUGUGUCAUAAAUUAAUAUUAAGUGAUAGUUGUGUAGUGCAUCCUUUGGACCCAUAGGAUAUAUUUUGUUACGAAACCCUUGUGGAGUUGUUGUUUUAAUUAACUGUUGUCAUAAAUCCUGGUCAUGGCACCAAUUAUAAUGAACAUAUCAUGAAGUUGUCAUAAUAAUGGUAAAGAAACAUACAAGACGAUACCCAAAAGUGUUAAACCUUACAAGUGCCAGAUCCGUGUACGAGGUGUGUAUACGAGGGGUUAAUGACAUCUGUCAGCGUACCCAUCGAGUAUGAAAAAAACUAUAAUUAUAAUUGAAACAAAAGACACUUCAAUUUAACCUCGUAAGACCCACCAUAGCAAGUUUCCCAAUUAUUAAUUUGAACCUUGUUCUAUAAGUAAAUUGGAACGAAUUUCGUUUGUUUUAAAACGCAAUGAAACAAAAGAAAACAUACUACUAUAUUUGUUUCAUGAAAGGUUCAAAUUAGAUUGCAAUAAAAAUAUGUACAGUCGCCAUCAGAUAUAUCGGAGCGACCAAGGUGCUCACAAAUAUCUGAGCACGCCUCUAUUGUCAGGGAGUUAGAGCGCGUGCUCAGAUAUUGUGAACACCUUGACCACUCCGAUAUAUCUGAUGGCGACUGUACAUUUAGACUCACGAGGUUAAAUAAAUAAGUAAUAUGCCAGUAAAUAAUAAUUACAUUUCUGCAUUCCAGUAAUGAACAGUCACAGCAAUUUUGUUUGUAAAUCCUGCAAUCACUUCAUUAUUUUUGUGUUUAGUGCAUAAUCAUGGAAAUCUAAUUUAUUGUUAAGUUUAUAUUUACAAAGUAAAAGACAAUAUUGUGUAAAUAAUUUAUUUAAGAAACCAAUUAUCAUUAUUCUCCAUAAAUCACAACAAAAAUGGUUCUUGUUUAGAAAUUAAGUAACGGCAGCUAAGUUGCAGAUGAAAGAUAGAAUUCAUAUUUAUUCUUGUAAAUGUAGAUUAAGUAUAAAUAAAAUAAACAGAAAUAUCGUUA